CUCAGAGAUAAGAAACCCCACUUUACCAGUCGGCGUGAACGCCCCUCGGAGUUCGUGUAACGUUUACUGACUGAGCGAAACAGUUGCGUCGGCUGCGCGUCGUGGAGCGUCGGGCUUCGAGCUGGUGGUGACACGUGAGUGCUUCGGUUUGAUUUAGAUGAACAAGUGAAAGUCGGCAUCGACGCGCGUGAACAACAGUGCAAUGCUGCUCAGACGCAUCCACAGACUGACUCGCUUUGGCCCUGUCAGCACUCCGAGGUAUCAGGUGGCCCCUUCUCUGGCAGCGUGUGCACUUCGCCUCUGCAGCAGCAGCAGUGGUGGUGAUGGUGACCAGAGAUCCUACCAACACACCCACAUGCCCACCUGGAGACAUGGCCUGGCUGGACUGCUGGCUGGUACAGGGGCUGUCCUGGCCUACGGACUCCAUCAGCACCAGGCUGAGCGAGUGGACACCGGUAAAGCGGAGUUAACAGAGAACAGCUCUGCACUUCCAGUCUUCAGCCAGGAAGAAGUCACGAAGCACCGCUCUCUAGAAGACGGCGUGUGGGUCACCUACAAAGGCAGCGUCUAUGACAUCACUGAGUUUGUAGCCAUGCACCCUGGUGGGGACAAAAUCCUGCUGGCAGCUGGUGGUGCCCUGGAACCCUUCUGGGCCCUGUAUGCUGUACACAACCACGAACACGUGCUGGAAAUCCUCUCACAAUACAAGGUUGGCGAUCUGAGUGCAGAAGACAUGAAAAAGCAGCAGAGUGUGAAAACGUCUGACCCCUACUCUUCGGACCCGGAGCGUCACCCCGUUCUGCGCGUUAACAACCUCAAGCCCUUCAACGCUGAGCCGCCUCCUGAGAUCCUCUCCGACAGCUACAUCACCCCUUCUGCGUUCUUCUUCAAAAGAAACCACUUGCCAGUUCCUCAGGUGGACCCGGCCUCUUAUCGGCUUCAUGUGGAGGGACUCCCUGGAGGAACGCUGACGCUAACUCUGGAAGAACUCAAGACUCGCUUCCCCAAACACACGGUCACUGCUACGCUGCAGUGCGCAGGCAACCGGCGGUCUGAGAUGAACAAGGUCAAGCUGGUGAAGGGGCUAAACUGGGGCAUAGCAGCGAUCAGCAACGCCACGUGGGGCGGAGCUAAACUCAGGGAUGUGCUGCUGGCAGCUGGCUACGGACCAGAGGUGGCCCAGUGGGCUCGCCACGUCCAGUUUGAAGGACUGGACAAAGACGUGACGGGCACUGCCUACGGUUCCUCCAUUCCUAUAAACAAGGCAGCGAGCGAGGAGGGCGACGUGCUGCUGGCGUACGAAAUGAACGGCGAGGAGCUGCCCGCCGACCACGGCUUCCCCAUCCGCGUGGUGGUGCCAGGCACGGUGGGGGCACGUAACGUGAAAUGGCUGGGGAGGAUCGUGGUGAGCGCCCAGGAGAGCAGCAGCCACUGGCAGCAGAACGACUACAAGGGGUUCUCCCCCGGAACAGACUGGGACACGGUGGACUUCAGGUCCGCCCCGGCCAUCCAGGAGCUGCCCGUCCAGUCUGCCAUCACCUCGCCGCAGGACGGCGCCGCGCUCGAUCGCAGCGCCGACAGCGUCACCGUCAAGGGCUACGCCGUGAGCGGCGGGGGCCGCGAGGUGAUCCGCGUGGACGUUUCUCUGGACGGAGGCAGGACGUGGCAGGUGGCCCGGCUGCGGAGCGCCGACCAGCCGGACGCCCCCGAUCUGCCCCCGCUGGGACGGGCGUGGGCCUGGAAGCUGUGGGAGGUGACGGCGCCUCUGCCUCCUGAGGCGCAGGAGCUGGAGAUCGUGUGCAAGGCGGUCGACAACAGCUACAACGUGCAGCCGGACACAGUGUCUCCAAUCUGGAACCUGAGGGGCGUCCUGAGUAACGCCUGGCACAGGGUGAAGGUGAAGGUCAGAGAGGACCACGGUGCAGAAUAGACCCGCUGAUUUUAACCGCCUCCAACGUACAAGAGAUGACAUUGUUCCAUCUGGACAAUAUUAUGAAGUAUUAAGUACCGGAAAGUUUUUUUAGUACAUAACUAGAGAUGACUAAACUAAAACACGUCUCUAUUCAUCCAGUGAUUUACAAGCAUCGGUCUGAAGUGAGCACUUGAUUCGGUUUAUUCUGAAUCUCUAAUUUUUAAUAAUUAUUUUUGUAAUUACCAUAUUAGCAUUGGAAAUGUUUUAAUACAUUUAAUAAUUUUAGAUGGCCAAAGUUAAAUAAUAUUAUAAAAUGUCAUUGAAAUACAUUAUUUUUGCUACAUAGUUACUUACUUUUAAAUGAAGAGUUUCAUUUUCAUUUCACUUUAUUUUGAAGUUUCUGCAUCGGUGUUUUUGCUGAUCAUGAACUUUUGCGAAGGAAGAUAUUUAACUAGUUUAAAGAAACAUUAUUAUAAGUUAGUCAUUGGCAGAUUCUUAGGGUUUGAGUUUAACCAGCAGGUCAGAGGUGAGUUCAGACCACAUUCUCUACUAAUGUUCAUCACUUAGAGAUUAAAAUCUGAGGUUAACUCUUCGUGCUUCAUAUGUGAAUGUAAGGAAAAAUAGAGUUUUUCUAGACUAUUACAACGCAGUGAUUCAGUAAAAGAAGGCAAGAGUUGCUGCUCUAUCCGCUUGACGGUGAGAGGAGUAGUAAAUAAUGUUUAAGGUGAGGUGUGCCACAGUCUUGACGUUAAGAUAAAUAUCUGCCUCUUUUAGAACACGUGGUCACCGGAAAAACGCACAGCCUCCCCUGAAGACGACUUUGCUUUUCAGUGUUGUUCACUCAUAUAAAUGUUAAUUUUUAUUUAUUGAAAGCUAAUGAAUUCCUGCCUCUUCACACAGGCCAGCGAUUGGUAUUGACGUGCACUACAUUUGUAUAAGCUGCGUAGUUCUGGUGAAUAAAGAGUUAAAUUUUGACACUCA